AUGCGGUCAUCUAACAGAAGUAUGGACGCCAUUGCAUUCUCACCUCUCUCUCUCCCCCCUACUGACCCACACCACUCACUGCCUCCGUCCCGCUUCCCUCUCUCUCCGCGUCACGCCCCUGUGCCUCCCGAGCAUCCCGUUGCAAACCCGCUUCUACCACCUGACGCCGCUUCUUCUGCCCCUUCUUCCGCCCGGUUUUCUGGACCCGCGGAGGGGGACGAGGGGGAUGAGGGGGAUGAUGAGGAUGGGGGGAGAGUGAUGGUGGUGCGAGUGGCAAGUGCUGGUGAGGUGACUAAGAGCAGAAGCCCUAGAACUCCUGGUAAAUCUCCUGGUAAAAGCCGGACAGGGAGCAAGCAAAGAAGCCCCAGAAGUUUCAAGGAAGGCCAGGGCAGGAGAGACUCGUUAUUGGAGAAUUCGUUAAUCAGGGAUCAUACUGAUGAUGAGAAAGAGCAGCAGAGGCGGCGCCGGGAGCGGCGGCUGCGGCAGCUGCGAGUAGGGAGGAGGUCGAGAGGGGGGGAGGAGGAGCUGGGCUGGGAGGAGGAGGGAGAUGAGGGUGUGGAGGGGAUGGAUGGGGAGAGGAGGAUGGGAGAGAAGGGGGGAGGUGAGAGGGGGAGAAGCGAGUGGAGGGGAGGCGGCAGGCAGGCAUGUGCAGCUGAGAUGUUGUUAAUGAGACAGUUGCAGGAGCGGGAAGAGGAUGAGGAAGGAGAUGGGGGAAGAGAUGGGGGAGGAGGUGGGGGAGGAGAUAGAGGAGGAGGUGGGGGAGGUGAUGGGGGAGGAGAGAGGCGAGGAGAGAAAGAUGGAGGGAGAGAGCAGAGGAGGGAUAGCUCCCGAGGCAGGGCUUCUUUCAGGGAGACCGAUAGUGGGGAAGGGAAAGAGGGAGAUGGAGGGCGUAUGGAGAGAGGGAAAGGGAAAGGGAGCAGGGACGGAAGAGGGAACGAGGGCAAACAGCAGCAGGAGACCAAGGAGACUAAAGAUCGUUCAGAAGUUGAGGGUGGAGGUGGGAAACAGCCUAAGGAGAACGAGGCGGAGUCGAGAAGAGCACGUGAUGGGGAAGCCAAGGAGGACGCGGUACGGGGUGGAGAAAGGAAGGAGGGUGGGGAUCGGAAGGAGGGUGGGGAGCGCAAGGAGAGAAGAGCAAGGAAAGAGAUUCUCUCGAAGCUCUCCAAGCGAGACAGUGCCUUGGCUCGCAGCAACGAGAAGGUCUACGCCACCAUGCGUCGCUCUAAAGACCUCAAAUCCACCAGCGGCGGCGACCCCUCUGAUCCUCUCAUCAAGCCCUCUGCUGCUGGAGCCCUUGCAGGCUUGGGGCUUUUAGGCGGGGAGAUUUCUUCUCUGCAGGAGCGGUACUUAGUUAAGCAGGAGAUCGGGAGCGGUUCGUAUGGGAUGAUUCGGGCUGUGAGGGAGAAGGAGACGGGGAAGACGUGGGCGUGCAAGAGCAUUGGGAAGGAGCAGAUUCAGGUCGGGUCGUAUGGGAUGAUCCGGGCGGUGAGGGAGAAGGAGACGGGGAAGACAUGGGCGUGCAAGGGCAUUGGGAAGGAGCAGAUCCAGACCAAGGCAGCAGUGGCAGCGCUGCAGCAGGAAGUGGAAGUGAUGCGGCUGCUAAAGGGGCUCACGUCCCAUUCCCCCACUCACCCUCUCGUUUAUUCCCCCAUUGCCCCACUACCCCCUUCAGACCAAGACAGCAGUGGCAGCACUGCAGCAGGAGGUGGCAGUGAUGCAGCUGCUGAAGGGGCUCACGUCCCAUUCCCCCACUCACCCUCUCGUUUAUUCCCCCAUUGCCCCACUACCCCCUUCAGACCAAGAGCAGUGGCAGCGCUGCAGCAGGAGGUGGCAGCCAAGGCAGCAGUGGCAGCGUUGCAGCAGGAGGUGGCAGUGAUGCGGCUGCUGAAGGGGCAGCGCCCUCUUCCACUCCUCCUUGCCACUUUCGCCCCAUGCCUUCCCACAAAGCCUCAAUCCCCCAUUCGCCCCCCAUGCACCCCCACGCUCCCACUCCACCCCCUUCAGACCAAGGCAGCAGUGGCAGCGUUGCAGCAGGAGGUGGCAGUGAUGCGGCUGCUGAAGGGGCAUGCUCAUGUGGUGGAGAUGAAAGAGACAGUAGAAGAUGACACGCACGUGCAUAUAAUCAUGGAGCUCUGCAAGGGCGGGGACCUCUUUGAUCGCAUCAAGCAGCGCAGCCGCUACGAGGAGAAACCAGCAGCCGCCGUGCUGCAGCAGUUGAGUCUGGUGCUGCGGGCGUGCCACUCCCUGGGGGUCAUGCACCGCGAUGUGAAGCCUGAGAACCUGCUGCUCUGCUCCCCCACUGAUGACGUCGCUGUUAAAGUCACGGAUUUUGGGAUUGCUGCUACGAUCAAAUCAGGCGCCAAGCUAACGGAGUUCAUAGGAUCCCACAUGUACAUGGCACCAGAAGUGAUCAACAAGAGCUACAGUGCUGAGGCCGACGUCUGGUCGGCGGGAGUCGUCCUAUACGUCCUUCUGGCCGGCGUGCCGCCCUUUUGGGCCUCCACAGAAUCGGGAGUGCUGGAUGCGAUCAUAUCCAAGCCUCUCAACUUCUCCUUCCCUCCAUGGCCUUCCAUAUCCUCGGAGGCCAAGGAACUUAUAAAAGAGAUGCUUAAGAAAGACCCAGAGGAGAGAAUCACACUGGAUGCUGUGCUUG